UAACCAUGUACAGAAAAAACAGUAUACAAAAUAAAUACACACACAGCUAUUCGCACGCAUGCGCAUUAAAUACGAUUCUGUGGUAAGCGGUAACGACUAUUAGAAGUUAAAAGUUUCAAGUGUUUCAACAGACCAACAGUGAACACUGAACUGUAAGCUAUAAUCAACGUACUAGUGGCGUCGAUACCCGUUAGCUGCUGUUAGUUGCUUAUUAUUGUAAUCGACGUGUGUCGUGUGUGUUGCGUCGUAAUCUCGAUCGCUUGUCAAUCAUGUCCGAGUCUGAGGGUAAUUCUUUCAACGAAAAUGAAGAGGAUCAGGUGGUCGGGCUUGUCGAGUAUAUCAACGAUCAAAAUGCUGAGAUCGAACAAGCCAAUCUGAUACUUGAGGCGUCCGAAAGUGAUAGUUGCACUUAUUCUCAGGGAUAUAUGAAUCGACAAGCGUUGUAUGCAUGUUUAACUUGCACUGAAAAAGAUAAGUUACCUGGUGCAGUAUGUUUGCCCUGUAUGUACCAAUGCCAUGAAGACCAUGACUUGGUUGAGUUAUGGACUAAAAGGAAUUAUCGAUGUGACUGUGGAAGUGAUAAGCUAACAUCAGAGUGUCAAUUGGAACCGUUAAAACCUGAAGCAAAUGACCGUAACAUUUACAAUCAAAAUUUUAAGGGUUUAUACUGCAUUUGUCAACGUCCAUACCCCGAUCCUGAAAAUACUGAUGAGAUGAUACAAUGCAUUGUUUGUGAAGAUUGGUUUCAUAGCAAGCAUUUGGGCACCAAAGAUAUGAAUCCAGAUGAUUAUUCUGAAAUGAUAUGUUCUGAUUGUACAUCAAAAUUAAGUUUCUUGCCAGCUUACAAUCAUUUAAUUGUUACUGAUGAUUCUGUACAGAAAAUCGAAAAAGGUGAUGAAUCUGAGGAUAUAGAUGUUGUAGAUACAGUCAAGGAUUCUCAAGAUAAUGCUGAAAAUGAAUUAAAUAUUGCACCCAAGGACAAGAUAUCUGAGAAUGCUAAAGCUGGUACUUCUAGUGAGGAAAAUUGUAAAUUAUUAAAUGCAAAAGAUCCAAAGAAAAUUAUUGGAAGUUCUUUCUGGGUAGAAGGUUGGCGACAACAACUUUGCACAUGUUCUACUUGUAUUGAAUUAUAUAAAAAAGAAGGCGUUCCAUUUAUUGUUGAUCAACAAGAUACAUUACAAGCAUAUGAAAAUAAAAGCCGUGAAAGAAUGAUGGCCAAGGAAAAACAAAGUGAAGAUGGUCUUUCAAAAGCCUUAUCAUCAAUGGAUAGAGUGGCAGCAGUGGAAUUAGCUCAUCAGUAUAAUCAAUUCAAAGAAGAAUUAGGAGAGUGGCUGGGCAGUUUUAAAGGUGAUAAAGUAGUCAAAGUUGAGGAUGUGCAAGAAUUUUUUUCUGGUAUGCAAGCAAGGAAACGUGCUAGGAUGGAUGAUGGAAUUCCACCAAGUUUCUGUCGUUAACUUAGUGUCUAAAAUACAUUUAUCAUAGUUUUAAAAAUUUAAUAAUAAGCUAAUUCUUUAAGUAUUUCCUAGUAUUUUACUUUAAAAAAAAUUAAUUCAAUACUACAUUUGUAUUUUCUAUUCAGCAAAAUAUAUUAUGUCAUAAUUUACUUAUAAUAAUAUAUAAUAUAUAUCCUAAUA